AUGAAAGUUGUUUCAGCAGUGUUGUUCCUUGCCAUAUUUUGGAGUCAGGAGUGGGAGCCCGUGCUUUCUGAUUCAAUCAUACACAUCGGGGCCAUCUUUGAUGAGUCUGCCAGGAAGGAUGACGAGGUGUUCCGCAUGGCCGUGGCGGACCUCAACCUCAACAACGAGAUCCUGGAGACUGAGAAGAUCACCAUCUCUGUGGAGUUUGUGGAUGGGAACAACCCUUUCCAGGCAGUCCAGGAAGCCUGUGAGUUGAUGAACAGGGGGAUCCUGGCUCUUAUUAGCUCAGUUGGCUGUAUAUCGGCGGGCUCCCUGCAGUCGCUGGCGGACGCCAUGCACAUCCCGCACCUGUUCAUCCAGCGUGCCCCCGCCGGCACCCCUCGCUCCAGCUGUCCCCUUGUCAGCCGUGGCCGCCAGGACGACUACACCCUCUUCGUUCGCCCGCCCGUCUACCUAAAUGACGUCAUCCUCCAAGUGGUCAGCGAGUACAGCUGGCAGAAGUUCAUCAUCUUCUACGACCAGGAAUACGUGUUUGUGUUCCAGCGGGCAGACGUGGGUCUCUCGGCUCUCACCAUCACGCCAGAACGGGAGAGUGCGGUGGACUUCACCACACGCUACAUGGACUACUCGGUGGGUGUGCUGCUCAGAAAGGCCGAGCGUACAGUGGACAUGUUCGCCUGCCUAGCGCCCUUUGACCUGUCGCUGUGGGCGUGCAUUGCGGGCACCGUGCUGCUGGUGGGCAUCCUGGUCUACCUACUCAACUGGCUGAACCCGCCGCGCCUGCCCAUGGGUGCUGUCUCCUCCACCACCUUCUACAAUUCCAUGUGGUUCGUCUAUGGAUCCUUCGUCCAGCAGGGUGGUGAAGUUCCGUAUACCACCCUGGCCACGAGGAUGAUGAUGGGGGUAUGGUGGCUCUUUGCUCUAAUCGUCAUCUCCUCCUACACGGCCAACCUGGCUGCCUUCCUCACCAUCACCCGCAUCGAGAACUCUAUCCAGUCUCUCCAAGACCUGUCCAAGCAGACAGAGUUGCCGUACGGGACGGUGUUGGACUCGGCUGUGUACGAGCAGGUGCGCAGUAAGGCCAUGAACCCCUUUGAGAGGGACCCCAUGUACUCCCAGAUGUGGCGCAUGAUCAACCGCACCGGAGGGGCCGACAACAACGUGGACGAGUCCAAGGAGGGCAUCCGCAAGGUGAAGUACGGGCGUUUUGCCUUUGUGUGGGAUGCGGCGGUGCUGGAGUAUAUGGCCAUCAACGAUGAGGACUGCUCCUUCUACACUGUGGGGAGCAAUGCACCAGAUCGGGGCUACGGCUUCGCCAUGCAGCACGGCAGUCCAUACAGGGACAUCUUCUCCCAGAGGAUCCUGGAGCUGCAGCAGAACGGGGACAUGGACAUCCUGAAACUGAAGUGGUGGCCCCGGGACAGCCCGUGUGACCUGUACUCAGCGGUGCACACCAAACACCGCAGCAGCGCCCUGGACAUCCACAGCUUCGCCGGCGUGUUCUGCGUGCUAGCGGCCGGAGUGGUGCUCUCCUGUGUCAUCGCCAUGGUGGAGACCUGGUGGACUAGGAGGAAGGGCUCACGAGUCCCCUCCAAGGAGGACGAUAAGGAGAUCGACCUGGAGCACCUUCACCGCCGGGUUAACAGCCUGUGCACAGAGGACGACAGCCCCCACAAGCAGUUCUCCACCUCCUCUAUUGACCUGACGCCCCUGGACAUGGACUCUAUGCCGGCUGCCCGGCAGGCCCUGGAACAGAUCAGCGACUUCCGCAACACGCACAUCACCACCACCACCUUCAUCCCCGAGCAGAUCCAGACCCUCAGCCGCAGCCUGUCCACCAAGGCCCAACAGGGCUUCGCCUUCGGUCCCGUGCAGGACCACCGGACUGGGGGAACCUUCAGGCAGAGAGCCCCCAACGGUGGCUUCUUCCGCAGUCCCAUCAAGACAAUGUCCUCCAUACCCUACCAGCCCACUCCCCAGCCUAACUUCAGCUACGGCAACGACCCCGAUCGGGGUACGUCCAUAUGA